GCCACAGAGAGAGAGAGAGAGUGUGUGUGUGUUUCUCUUGAGAGGGAAACCUAGAGGGAGAAAGAGUUAACAAGGUAUAGCUCCCAAAAGUCAGUCACGGCAUUCGCAGAAAUUCAAUCAGGAUUGAUAAAAUUGGUCGUGGAUUGGAAAGUUUUGUUGUUUUUGCAAAGAAAAAAGAAAAAAAGAAAUGAGCCGUUUAGGGUUUAUAAGAAGGGUGGUGGUGUAUGAUGGGGAGGCGUGCCUGGGAGAGCUGGAUAGUGUUGCAGUGAAGGAUGAGAGUUUCCAGUUCCCAAACAACGAGAUACGCAUUCACCACAUCUCCCCCAACAGCGAGCGCUGCCAUCCGCUCUCUGUUCUCCAGACAAUCUCUGGUUCACCUGUUCGCUGCAAACUUGAACCCCCCAGCUCAAUUCCCACAUCCGAUCAGUCUCAGUUGAUCAAUCUUCACGCCUCUUGCUUCUACGAACUGAAGACAGCAGUGGUUGUGGCUGGGAAUGAAGAGGUGCAUUUAGUGGCAAUGCCAAGCAAGCUGAAGAAGUUUCCUUGCUUUUGGUGCUAUUCAGUGCCAUGUGGUUUAUACAACGCUUGUUUAGGGAUGUUGAAUCUACGGUGUCUAGCAAUCGUAUUCGAUCUUGAUGAGACUCUCAUUGUCGCUAACACAAUGAAGUCUUUCGAAGACAGAAUUGAAGCUUUGCGGGGUUGGAUUGCACGUGAAAUAGACCCAAUUCGUUCAUCAGGGAUGUCUGCUGAGAUGAAGCGGUACAUAGAGGACAGGGCAUUGUUGAAGCAGUACACGGAGAAUGAUUCUGUUGUUGAUGGUGGGAAAGUAUAUAAAGCUCAGCAAGAAGAGGUGCCCCAGUUAUCUGAUGGUCAUGAGCAGCAAGUUGUUCGGCCAAUUAUUAGACUGCCAGAGAAGAAUAUUGUUCUUACUCGCAUUAAUCCAGAGAUCCGUGAUACUAGUGUCCUUGUUAGACUGCGACCUGCUUGGGAAGAUUUGAAAAGUUACUUGACAGCAAAAGGUCGCAAAAGGUUUGAAGUGUAUGUUUGUACUAUGGCGGAAAGAGAUUAUGCCUUGGAGAUGUGGAGGUUGCUUGAUCCAGAGGCACACUUGAUUAGCUCAAAGCAACUGUUGGAUCGUGUUGUAUGCGUCAAAUCAGGUGCCAGGAAAUCUCUAGUCAAUGUUUUCCAAGGAGGAAAUUGUCAUCCGAAAAUGGCAAUGGUGAUUGAUGACCGUCUGAAGGUAUGGGAGGAUAAAGACCAACCUCGUGUUCAUGUAGUGCCUGCUUUUACUCCAUAUUAUGCUCCACAAGCAGAGAUGGCAAAUGCAGUUCCAGUCUUGUGUGUCGCAAGGAAUGUUGCAUGCAAUGUCAGAGGUGGCUUUUUUAAAGAGUUUGAUGAAAAUUUACUGCAAAAAAUUUCUGAAGUCUACUAUGAAGACGAGGUUGUAACUUUACCUUCUGCACCUGAUGUGAGCAACUAUUUGAUGUCAGAGGAUGCUGGUUUUGCAUCAAAUGGCAAUCCAAGUGCCCCCUUUUCUGAGGGAAUCAGUGGUCCUGAAGUUGCACAAAGAUUAAACUACUUGGAUGAGAAGAGCUUUUUGAAUUCUGGUGGUUAUCCUGUAAACAACAGUGUCGAGCUGAAACCUGGGAACCAUCAGCUACCUGCUGAAUCAAUUCCAAAUGUUGUCGGUCCAGCCUCUACUAGAGCAGUGCCACCUUCUGAAAAACCUAGUUUGCUUGGAGCUCCAUUGAGGCUGGAUAGCAGUAUGUCCGAAUCUGAUCCUGAUGUGAACAGAAGAUUCCCCAUCUUAAGUCGUGGCCAAGAUGCGAAGUAUCAAAAUUCAGCUGAACCUCCCAUUUUAUCUAGGUUAGCGGGACAACAUCCUGCCCUGCCUUCACAGGGAGGAUGGUUAGGGGAAGAAGAUGGCAAUAUUGGACAUCCUAAUGGUCGAUCCUCUGGAUUUCUUGAAGAAUCUGAUGAACUCAAACAUGAUAGACAUCAUGGCCGUCAUUAUUUACAUACCCAUGGCCCUUCAGCAUCAAAUGCCACAGGAUUGCAUACACAUCUAGCGCAAGUGAAGAAUGAAGAGUUGAGCUCGAGACAAGAAGGGCAGAGACAGAAUUUUCAAUUGUCCAACCAUUCCACAGGGGUUGUUGGCUCUCAAAAUCAAUCAUCUGGAAAUGUCAGUGAUCAACAACCUGAAAGUGCAAAGUGGAACAGCUUACCAUCUCUCUCUAUCGGUGUCCUGCAAGAAAUUGGAAGAAGAUGCAACUCUAAGGUUGAAUUCAGGACUCUAGUGAGCACCAGUGAGGAUUUAAGAUUCUCAUUUGAGGUCCUGUUUACUGGUGAAAAGAUUGGUUUUGGAAUGGGUAAGACGAGGAAGGAUGCUCAGCAACAGGCUGCAGAGAAUGCUCUUCGUAAUUUGGCUGAUAAAUACAUAUCAUACAAUGCAAGUCAUUCUCGAGCUGUGGAUAAAGAAUCUGAUAAGCUAUCGCCACUAAAUGAGAAUGGUUUCAUAUGGGAUGUAGUUAAUCCUGGAUCUGAUGAGCAACGGCCAGUCCAAAAUGGCAUCAAACAAAAUACAUCAGAGGUGGGAAUUUCUGAUGAUAUUACUUAUGAUUGAUGUCAUUUAUCGGUUGGAAACAUAGGCAAUGCUUGGAUAGGGGAUAUGCUAAAAUUGCAAGAGGACAAGUUGUGAUUAUCUGAAGAUAAACCACUCCUUUCUUGGAUCUUGGGUCGCUCCAAAAGUUGAGCAAACUACUGUGGAAGUGGAGUGAACUGGCUUGGUGUUCACUACUGCAUCUUGGCUAUACUUCAUCCUUCCUGUUUUAGAGGGGAGUGCUUGUUCGUCUGCAGUCAAUUGCCAAUUGGAUAAAUGAGCCAAUAUCCUAGUUGCCCCCAAGUCAAAGAAAGAAAGCUUGAAGGAAGAAUUAUUCAUGAUUUGCGACUUGCAAUAACUUCAGAGCAUCAAAACGGUGUUAAAUCCGCUUAAUUGAGGUCGUCUCGAGAAGGAACUUGAAAAUUGGAUAGUUGCUGGGCUGGGCUGCUGACUGAAAUUGCAGCUUUCAGGUUGCAGUCUUGAGGUCUUCUGAGAGAUGAGGAUCAUGUACAGCGGGAGUCUUGUAUCUUAGGUUUGCACCAAAACGGGAAAAAAAAAUUGUUAUUAUUUUUUCAUUUGUCUUUUCAGGCUGGAGGGUUUA